AUGGAACUGGAGCCGUCCCUUACCGCUCUCCUCAAGGCUAUCACAGCCCUCACAGCCACAGUUGGGUCCUUGCAGGACCAAAUCAAAUCACAAGGCAAGCAAAUCACACAGCUUACCGCCAUAUGCAAGGAAACCAACAACCUUGUUGGGGACAAGGACCAGGGCGGAGCCCAAACCAAGCCUGGCCCAUUGACUGGGCCUGUCACCCCUCCUACCCACUCAGGAGGGGAAGCCCACACUCCAGGCACGGUUAGGCCUGGGCUCAAGGCUCCAUUCCGCCCUUCAAGAGGAACAGGGUUUGACUCCAAGGAAGAAGAAGAGCCAAGGCAACCCAAAAAAGAGCCUCAGGGAACGCCUAGGCGGUCACUCAGCUCCCUUACCCCCUUUGACGCAGGAAGCGGCGUAAAAAGGCCCAAAAUGGAUCUCCCCGACCCUUAUAAAGGAGAAACCAGGGGACGCAAGGCCACACAAUGGCUGGAUUGCAUGCUGCUUUGGGUAGCCCUACACAGGGAUCAAUUUGACAAAGAGGAGCAGAUGGUCGUGUGGAUACUUUACCACAUGACAGACAAAGCAGCCAAUUGGGCACUUCCCCUCAUAGGGGCCAUCAUCAAGGGCAAGGGAAACCCGCCAACCACUAUCCUGGCCUUAACGGCCAAAUUUAAAGAAGCCUUUGCAGACCCAGACGCAAAGCGGGCAGCCGCCAGAAAAAUUGCUGCGCUUACUCAGACCACCACCACCUCUGAGUACGUCACCAAGUUCUGCAACCUUAUGGCGGAGCUUGACUGGAAUGAAGAGGCGUACAUUGCCCAAUUUACACGCAGCCUUCACUGGAAGGUUAAGGAACUCCUGUCCACCAAGGACAACAUCCCCGACGAGCUGGAGGCUAUAUUUGCCGCCUCCAUCAAAAUUGACAACACCCGUUGGGAGAAUGAGGAGAACCGGCCCAAAAAGGCACCCACCAAGUCCCUGGUCACUGCGACCACUUCCACAACCACCACCCAACGGGUUUGCCUAUUGGAGGACCCAAAUUACGUCACCCCGGAAGAAAGGGAUUGCUGCUGCGCAUCAGGGCUGUGCGUUAAAUGCGGACAAAAGGGGCACGGCAUCAAACAAUGCCCCAAUGGCUGGAAAGCCACAAUCAAGGAGGCCGCCAAGAUAGGGGAAGUUGUGGAGUCAGAAAAAGAGUAA